GGGUGCCGCUGUUCCUCCAGUAAGGGUUCGUUGCGGGAAGAGUCUGAGAGUCUCUGAGAUUAAUAGUCAGAAUCGAGUUUUUCACCGGCAGCUGGUGGUGUUAACGGGUGUGUACGGGCUCGGCGUGACUCGGGGUUUCUAAUGUGUCGGUUAUGGAUGUUUCUGCUCAGCGCGGUGGGUGUGCUGGUCAUACCAGGUGUGCAUCAUGUGGUGGCGAUUGAGGUGUCCACAACCAAAGAAUUAACGGCGGUGAACGGUACUAGCGUUACUCUGAAGUGCACCUUCAAAUCCACUUCACCCCUUACCGAGAGCUCAGUAUCUGUCAACUGGAGCUUCCGGCCUGUCGGACAAACCAAAGAAGAACCGGUUUUCUACUAUCAGCAAAAGUCCUAUCCUCCCAUGGAAAAUAGCCGGUUUAGAGGUCACGUGACGUGGUCAGGGAACGUACUGAAGAACGAUGCCUCCAUCACCUUACAGGAUGUCCAGUUCAGUUUUAACGGCACCUACAGCUGUCAAGUCCGCAAUGUGCCUGACGUCCAUGGCUUCGCCAGUGAGAUCAGUCUCCAGGUCGUUCAAUCAGUUAAGCUCUCUGAGAUGGGGCUUCUGGCCGCAGCAGUGGGUGGAGCCAUCCUACUCGUCCUCCUCAUCCUUUCCAUCUUCCUCACUGUUCGAUACUGCCGAAGAAAACAGGAAGACACUGGUGUAGAACUGGAAAAGACAGAGUGGAAGCAGCAAAGCGUUUGGUGAGUGAGGGGCAGGGCUUCACUUCUAGACAUGCCGAACAACGUUACACAUGUUUUUCUGUUGAGGGUCAUACACACCCUCUGCCUGAAUUCCACCAGCUGAAAAAUGAAGAGGCCUGACCGAUAGCAGCAGACACUGAAAAUAUGUUUGCAGAUGUAAUCGAACACCGAUCAGGAAUCAGUUUUAAUUGUGUUUUAAAGGUUUAAUUUUGUAGAUGUUUCUGUAAAGCUUGGAGAUUCUGAUUUACAUACAAUUUUAACUCAUGUUUUAUAAAAUAUUUUUUUAUAGAAAUAUAUUUUCUAGAUUUGAAUGUUAGCUCUUGUUUUAUAGGAUAGAUUCAGUAGUUGCUAUUGUAAUCAUGUUACAUAUUUUAUUUAAACAUUUUUAAUAGGGGGUCUAUCAAGUGCCUGUAUUCCAUUUUUUUCAUGUAAAACUUCACCAUAAAAGUUGACACUGCCAAAGUUAAUUAAAGUUAAAAUGUUUACCUGAUUUAUAUAUGCUGUUAGUCUCCUGUUUAAGUUUUUGAAUGGCACGUGUUCACAAAAUCCGACAGCAAAUAGAACAUGGCAGAUCAUUUGGAAACCAACUGUAGACCUGAGUGUUCACUCCUGAUACCUGCAUCAACCACUAGAUGGAACUACAGAGCUGGUGCACAGCUACUCGGUAACAUCUGUCUCGACUGGACUCAACAGUCUGGGUUGGCUGUUUCUAACUAUUAACUCAUAUUAGUAAUAGAAUGUGUAAAACUAAUGCGCCUUGCGCAGAAAAAAAAAUACAUUUGUCACCACUGAAUGGAUAGCACAGCCACACAAAUAUAUGCUAAAAGUGAUUGAAAUUGGCCCCAAUAACACAGAUUUCUACUUCAUCUCUACUACUCCACAUAGCUAGGAUGCUUGAUUAACUAACACUGCCAAGCUAAUUUUAUUAUUGAUUAAGCAGGAACAAAGCGAACAAGUUAGCUGGCUUCUUAAAAUGGCCAACAUGCUAGCUAACAAAUGUUACUAGCGUUAGAGUUCUAUAAAAUUGGUGCCAAAUGGGCAUGCUAUUUUUUUAUACAUGUUUCUCUGAUCUUUCUUUCUUUUAUCAAGGUUUAAAACCACAUGAUUUUCUUUUGUUACCUAACUCCAAUUAGCACAGCGCUAACUGUUACUUACUUUUCUGCAUGAAUUAGCCCCUUUUGGCAUUUAGCAUUUUUUGGUUUGCCACCUGUCCAUACAUACAUACAUAAUCUUUUUUUUUUUUUUUUCAUUUAAAAUUAAUUAAUAUGAGCCUUAUUGAACACUCAGCUUGUGGGUUUCACUGAUUGGUGUAGCAUUACUUGUUUUGGGAAAGGUUUAGCAUAUACGGCAUGGUGAAUUUCUACGAUUUUUUUUAUGAUGUUAAGAUAUUUAUGUGAUUUGUAUUGUUUUGUUCAGUUGUUCUUUUUGUGUGUGGUUGUACGUCUGUGCACAUGUAGCUGCACACUUCAGUGAGUUAAAAGAGGCUGUUGAUCUAAAAUAGACAUAUUUUUUAGAAACUGACCAACUCUAUGGUGAAGAAACAAGCUAAGAGUGAUUGUUAUGACCUGAAAACAAGGUAAAGGGUAUUAAAAAGUGGAAGGAGCUCACUCCCUAAUUUUCCCUCCAACACUUCAUAAGUUUAAUAAAGUGAAACAAAGCUAAAAAAAAAGUAGCUAGUACUGAUUGCAGGGUGCAAAACUGUAGAAUGCCAGAUUGGUCUGGAUAAGUGUUGUUUUCGGUCGUUAAAGGGGAGGAAACUGCUAUCAGUUCCUGAUAUGGCCUUGCCCUAGACCAGGUCAUAACACUCUUAAACUGUAAGGCUUCCUUUGUGCACAAGCAGUUUAUUUCUUCAAGGAUAUCGCCAACAUUGUAGUAGCGUCACACCUAUUCUACAGAGAAUUCCCUGCAUUGAGAGUACUGAUAAGCAUCAAGCUCCAGCCAAAUUUACAUCUGAAGUUAUAGAGAAUUGAUUAAAUCACAUUUAGUAUCAGCUAACUUUUUAAAUAUGCUGUUUUUUAUCUAAAAAAAAUAAGUUGGAACAUGACUGUGCUGACUGAGGUAGCAAAAUUAGCAUUUUUCCUGUUUAUGUUAAGCACUUUAGAUUAAGUGCUUUUUUCCAUGUCAAAUUUAAGAUACGUACGUAGAGAUAUGAUGAUUUUUCUAUUAUUUUGUAUAACACCAUAUAGCUAGUCACUGAAUAAACCUAAAUCUAGAGAUUAAUAACUAAAUAUGAAACCUAUAGCGUUCAAGGAGUUAAUAGGUGAUAGGGGAAAAUUGCUAACUACGUAGCUACUUGUCCAGCACUUCUCCUGAUAAAUCUAGAUCUUUUACCUUUAAACUUUUUUAUAUAGAUAUAUUUUUUUAAUAAUUAUGUUAUAAACUUGUAUUAAAGCCCCUAUUGUGGUUACUAUUCCUUGUCAGAGCUGGAACCAUUUGUUUACAAAGCUUGGUGCUAACAGAAAUUUGUUAGCAGACAUGCUAACUAUAAAAUGAUCAAAUUUGAGGGCAUUAGUGCAGUUGCUAAUGACAAAAUGGCAAAAGUUAGCAGAGAUGCUAACAACUUUUUGUUAGGCUUUAUCUGCUAUAGUCUUUUCAGAAAUUCACGAAACACUAUGCAAGUUACUCCAGCUAAUCUUUACUGCCUUCAGUAGAGGCACAGGAAAACACACCAUGUGAGUGUGGGAGUGUGAGUCCAUGCCAAAAACAACCAGCCUGCUCGUGUAAACUAUCUGUGUUCUUCCAAAACGUGCCUCCCUCUCUGAGAGACAAUUUAUAAAUGCUUUUAUUGUUACGAUAUUUUAUGUAAUUGACUGCCUAAUUGUUAAACAUUUUAGAGUGUAUAUAAAAUGCUGCUGUAUUCAGUUCAUUUCUUUUUAUUGUUAUUGUUUUAAUGUUAGAGUUAAAUCAUGUACAAAUGGUCACAAAAUCUAUUGAAUUAUUAAGAUUUAAGAUUAAUAAAUGAUAUGUUUUAA